CAUGUUCCUUCCCUACCUCCACAUCUCCCCUCCUUAUCCCUCCAAACCACUAGCCUACUAGCACUUCUACUACCACAACUACCACCACCACCACCACCACUACUACUACUACUACUACUGCUGUUGCUGCUGGUCCUUCUGCUUCUGCUCCACAUUGUAUGCUAGCCAGCAACCUCCAUAAGCACCAGUGGAUGAGUGAUGUAGUUGGUGUGGUGUAAGCCUUACCGCAACACCCUGGAGCAGAACCUGUCACCCUUGCAAACACAAGCUAUGCCGCCAAUGUUACUUGUUCUGCUGCCACUUAAGUGUGUGUGUCGUGUGCACUGAUCACUUGAAGAUACCACCAACCAAGGGAGACAUUCCUGAAACCCUCACCGGGACUCCUCAACCUUGCCCAUCCUUACACCCUGCCCUUCCGCCCAGUGCUUCACCCCAUCCCACACCAGACCUUCCCGGCCGCACCUUCCCGCAACACAUGUGCCAACACCACACACCCCAGCACCAUGCAAAACCACACCUCACCACACAAGGAAGACAGCCACCUGAGCUUACUGCGACGGAUAGAAGACAAUCAGGUGCACAAUGACUCGCAGCAAGGGGAGUGGGACAUGGAGAUGGGACAGCCCGGCACAGUUCAAGAGCUGAAGAAAAAGUUUGAUUCCGGGAUUGUCGCACCACAGGAAGGAGCUGCUGGGUGGAAGAAGUCAGAGGAGGACCCCAGAUCAGUGAAGGAUGCACAGUUACCUGGAAAACUCAUCAGGGGAGGGAGUGUUGAGAGUGCUGCCGAGUCACUGGUGGAAGAACUAGCUGAAUCUGGAGGCCGAAUAAGAACACUGACACAAGAGAACGUUGAACUGAAGGGAGAGGUCACAGCGCUGAGAGAGGCCAAGGACAGAGCAGAGAAAGAGGCCAUGUAUUGGAAGGAGGAAAAUGCCAAACAACAAGAAGCAGCCCAGCAGGAAAUGGACCACUUCAGGAAGGAAGAAGCGAGGCAUCGACAGGAAUGUGUUGAUAACUGGGAAGGAAGAGUGAAGGAGAUGCAAGCCCAAAUCACUUCCCAGGAGCAGGAAAAGAAGCAGCUGAGAGAGAAGAGCAAUAAGCUUCAAAAUGAGCUUCAGCGGAUGACGAAGGACUUGGCCAAAUGCAAGGAAGACGCAAGACAGUUGGAGAUGGAAAAUGCUCACCAGCGGCAGGAGAAAGUGAAAUGUGGGGAAAAGGAGAAGCGCCUAAGAGAGCAGAUACAUGCCAAAGAUACACAGCUGGGAGAAGUAAAGAGACUGUACCAAGAGGAGAUUAGAAAGGUGAAGGCUGCGGAAGAGGUAAUGAUGAAGUUAAUGAAAAAGGAUCUGCGAAACCAAGAGGAACUAGCUGCUUUGAGGUAGAGGUAAA